UCUCGCGGCCGGCACUUUCCUCCCAAGUUGCAGCGCAAGUUUGCCAGUGGCCGGCGGCGGAGGCGCCGGGAGCCUCCCUCGCCCUCGGCCGGCCCGGGUUUCCCGGAGUGCAUGGGCGCGGGUCGGACGGCUCCGGGGGCUUGAGCGGCCGCGCCGCCUCCGUGCCCCGCGCCCCGCGCCAUGGAGGGCGCCGAGCCCCGCGCGCAGCCCGAGCGCCUGGCGGAGGCCGAGGCGCGGGCGGCCGACGGCUGGCGCCUGGUGGAGGUGCAGCUGAGCGGCGGCGCCCCUUGGGGCUUCACCCUGAAGGGCGGCCGCGAGCAUGGAGAGCCGUUGGUCAUCACCAAGAUUGAAGAGGGAAGCAAAGCCGCGGCGGUGGGCAAGUUACUGGCUGGAGACGAGAUCGUCGGCAUCAAUGACGUUGGUCUCUCGGGGUUUAGACAGGAAGCAAUUUGCCUGGUGAAGGGGUCGCACAAGACCCUGAAGCUCGUGGUAAAGAGGAGGAACGAGCUGAGCUGGAGGCCGCACUCCUGGCAUGCCACCAAGUUCUCCGACGGCCACCCCGAGUCGUCCACCUCCCCGCUCUCCUCCAGCAGCACCUGCCCUGCCUGGCCCGGCCGGCACCACGCCAGCUCUUCCUCCCAGGACCUGUCCGGCAGCGCAUGGGAGCAGACGAAUCUGCAGCGCGCCUCUGGCCACUUCAGCUCCCUGGGGAGCGUGGACAGCCUGGACCAGCCUGCCCAGUCCUCCCCCUCCGGGCGCCUCUCGGCUGCCAAGUCCAACAGCAGCAUCGACCACCUGGGCGGCCCGAGCAAGCGGGACUCGGCCUACGGCUCCUUUUCCACCAGCUCCAGCACGCCGGACCACACCCUGCCCAAGGCAGACGCCUCCUCCGCCGAGAACAUUCUCUACAAAGUGGGCCUUUGGGAGGCCUCCGCGGCGGGCGGCGGCCAGCAGGGCCUGACUGCCGGGGACCCGCAGGGCGUGGAGGAGAGGCUUGGAUGCUUCCCACCCAGGGUCCCCUGUGAUAGCAGCAGAAGCCCCAGGCCUGAGAACAGCGCUGAGCCCAAGCUGGCUGCUUCUGGAAGGUCCACUUUUGGGCCAGUCUGGUAUGUUCCCGAGAAGAAAAAAGCCCCUUCGUCCCCUCCCCCACCCCCUCCCCCUCUCCGCCGUGACAGCUUCGCUGCCACCAAGAGCCACGAGAAGACCCAGGGCCCUCCAUUCGCAGAGGCGGCCACCUCUCAGCACUUUCCUGGCCUGGUGGGCGCUCAGGCCCAUGGCGACUGGAGACCGGAAGCAGCCGAGCACUUGCAGAGACCCGGGCCCGCAAACGAUGCGAGAAGAGCUGGGGGCUCAGGCUGGGUGCCCGGUGCGUACCUGGACUAUGGAUGGCCACCCUGCGACAGUGGCGCACCCAGCCGGCUUCAGGCCUCCCUGUCCAGCACGGACGUGCGCUGCCCGCAGGCUUCCUACAGGUGCCAGCACCCACGCCACUCCAGCGACGAGAGCCCCUUCUGCCGCGAGGGGCCCAGAGCCACCACAUGGCUCAGGGAGCAGCCCCCUGCGGAGGGAUUCCGGGAUGACAGCCCCACUCAGGUCAGGUGGCCCAGCGCUGCCGACCAGAAGGGCGAUGAUGGCGCGCAGAGCCGCUACUACUGCGUGACCUCCAGGCGUUGUCUCCAGGGAGGUGCCCCGGACGCGCAGCCGCGCUCCUACACGCCCGGGUUCGAGGAGGCGCCGGGCGCCCGGCAGAGAGGGAGGGCCGCGCCAGCGGACAGGGCGGCCGGAGCCACGGAACUGCCCAGCGGCAGCCUCUUGGACAAAGCCAGCCUGAAGAAGGUGGCAGGUGACUUCACGUGGGCCGAGCAGGGUGGCGGCGAGAUCUGUCCCCUGCAGACACCCAUGCUGCACUCGCUGACCCGGGAAGGGGCGCGCCGGCCCGAGCCCGGCUUUGAUGGCGCCGCGGAGAGGCUGGCACCCGAGGCCCCGGCGGGCAAGCCAAUGCGAAGAAGUGACCGGUUCGCCACCACCCUGAGGAACGAGAUCCAGGUGCGGCGAGCCAGGCUGCAGAAGAGCAGGAGCACGGCCACGCUGGCCGGCCCCGGGGCCGAGGAGGAGGAGGAGGAGGAGGAAGAGGCCGAGGUGCGUGGCUGGGGGGCGCACCAGGCGGGGGGUGCGGGGACCGCCCCGGAAGCCACCGUCACCAGCUCCUACAAGGACCACCUGAAGGAGGCUCAGGCCCGCGUCCUGAGGGCCACGUCAUUUAGGCGCCGCGACUUGGAGCCCAGUCACGUAAACCCAGACACCGGCCCCCGCGUCCGGGAGGUGGCUCCGGCUAGGCCGCCGUCGUGCGCUACCAGUGGUGGCGGCGCGCUGCCCGCCCCACGCAUCAGAGGCCGCAGGCGCUUCACGGCCGCGCAGAAGCUGAAGUCGUACUCCGAGCCCGAGAAGAUGAACGAGGUGGGGCUCGCGGGGGACGACCCCCCGCGCCAGUACCCUGGACCUCCCGAUGAGACCGUGCGCACGUUUGCCGACAGGUGGAAGUUUUUUGAGGAAACCAGCAAGCCCACUGGCCAGCUGCCCGGGCGGAGGCCGGGGCCCUGUGGGUUCCCCAAGGAAAAGCCUGAGAGGCCACGGACAGCGGGACCCGGGAACGGGGGAAGGGCGGGAAGAGCGGGCCCCCCUCAGAGACUUGGAACAUUUGCUGAGUAUCAAGCCUCGUGGAGGGAACAGAGGAAAGCCCCGGAAGCCAGGAGCGCCGGGAGGUACCACUCUGCAGAUGACAUCCUGGAAGCGGGUCUGGACCAACAGGAGAGGCCACCGUACAUCCAUGAAAGGUCCAGGUCCUCGCCCUCCACGGACCUCUACAAGCAGGAAGCUUCUGUGGACCUGCGGCGGGAGGCAGAGGAGCCCCGUGAGCAGAGAGAGCUUUUCUCCGCAGUCCUGGCCGAGGAGGGGCGUCCCCCCCAAAGACAAGCCGAUGCCCGGUGUGUGGAAGACGCGCCAGGGGCACAGAAGCCGUCCCCGGUGUCUGAGGCGCCUGAGGGGCCCCGGGAGGGCCGCAGCCGAGCCGGGACCCUCCCGCGUGAUUACACGUUCUCCGAGGACCCUGCACCCGCCGCCCCGCACGCCCGGGGGCAGGACCCUCCGCCCGUGAGCGCCGCCCCGCUUGCCAAGAAGCCGGCCCCGCAGAGGCCGCCGCCGCCCAAGCGCGAGCCCAGGCCUUUCCGGGGCCCGGCGGGCGCACCUGCUGCGGGCGCACCUGCGGCCCCUCCCCUGGGCGGCAGGCCCUGCCCCCCGGCCUCCCCCGCGGCCCUGGACGUGUGCUUGGAGCACCCCCGCAGCGCCGGCGCCUCAGUGGCAAAGCCGAGCGCCGCCCAGCCCGCGCCCGCGCCCGCUCGCCCCGCCGGGGAGCCUGGCAGGGCGCAUGUAGAGGAGCGCGCAGCCGGCGCCCAGCGGGAAGCGCUGCUCCCGGCCCGGUUCCGGCCCCUGCCGACAGCCGCCAUGGAGACGUCGCGCUCCCCGUCACCCCAGUUCGCGCCCCAGAAGCUAACGGACAAACCCCCGCUGCUGGUCCAGGACGAGAAUAACACCAGGAUCGAGCGGGUGAUGGAGAACAACACCACCGUGAAGAUGGUGCCCAUCAAGAUCUGGCACUCGGAGAGCCAGCCCGCGAGGGACGGCCGCCAGGGCCUGGCCCGCGCCGCUGCCGAGCCGCCCGCGCUGCCCAGCGGGCUCGAGCGCGACCAGAUCAAGACGCUCAGCACGUCGGAGCAGUCGUACUCGCGCUUCUGCCUGUACAGCCGCCAGGGCGCCCAACCCCCGGCCCCCGGCGCCCCCGCGCCCCCAGCCAGGGACGGCCGCGCCUCCCCGCCCGCGCUCUUCUACGCGAAGGCCCGAGAGAGGACCGCGGAAGACCUCAAGUCGGAAGAGCUGGCCCGCGAGAUCGCCGGCAAGGAUAAGUCGCUGGCCGACAUCCUGGACCCCAGCGUGAAGAUCCGAACCACCAUGGACCUGAUGGAGGGCAUCUUCCCCAAGGACGAGCACCUUCUGGAGGAGGCGCAGCAGCGGAGGAAGCUGCUCCCCAAAGUGCCCUCUCCCAGGUCCGCGGAGGAGAGGAAGGAGGAGCUGAGUGUGCCGGCGGCCAUGUCCCUGGCCACCAACUCCACCUACUACAGCACGUCGGCCCCCAAGGCGGAGCUGCUGAUUAGAGUGAAAGACCUGCAGGAGCAGCAGGAGCCCGAGGAGGAUACAGGGAGCGACCUAGACCACGAACUGUCAGUGAAGAAGCAGGAGCUCAUCGAGAGCCUCGGCCGCAAGCUGCGCGUGCUGCGGGAGGCCCGGCAGAGCCUGCUGGAGGACAUCCAGGCCAACAGCGCACUUGGGGACGAGGUGGAGGCCCUCGCCAAGGACGUCUGCAAGCCCAACGAGUUCGACAAGUUCCGCAUGUUCAUCGGGGACCUGGACAAGGUGGUGAACCUCCUGCUGUCGCUGUCAGGCCGCCUGGCCCGCGUGGAGAACGCCCUCAAUAACCUGGACGACAGCGCUUCUCCCAGCGAUCGGCAAUCCCUGCUCGAGAAGCAGCGGGUCCUGGUCCAGCAGCACGAGGACGCCAAGGAGCUGAAAGAGAACCUGGACCGCCGCGAGGGCAUCGUCUUCGACAUCCUGGCCAGCUACCUCAGCCAGGAGAGCCUGGCGGACUACGAGCACUUCGUGAAGAUGAAGUCUGCCCUCAUCAUCGAGCAGCGGGAGCUGGACGACAAAAUCCACCUGGGUGAGGAGCAGCUGAAGUGCCUGUUGGACAGCCUUCAGCCCGAAAGAGGCAAAUGAGGGGAGCCCCUGGCGGAGGCCGGGAGCCGGGCCGUCCAGCUUGGGUCCCCAGGGUGCACGUGCACACCCCAGCCUGCAUCGGUCUCCCGUAGCCAGAACCCUCCCGUAGCGAAACAGCCUUUAGAAAAGCAAUAACGUUCAUGUGCGCGUUUGGGGUGAUUUAUUGAAUGUCUCACUUCCCUUCUUCGAGGCAGAGCAGAGGGGCCCCUGUUAGCUGUUUCCUUGAAGCGGCCCCACAGGGGCCGGGCCCUGCCAAGCAGGGAGUACCCGAGGCGCGGACUGGGCUCGGUCCCUUGGUGCGGGCACCGGGUCAUUCCUGGCGUGAGGCCUGCCCUUCCGUCUUCCCCUGCUCAGCCCCACGGCUCGGCAAGCAGCCGAGCAAAUCUCAAAGAAGGUGCAGCAGAGGGGACAGCCUGGCGGCCCAGCUGUCCCGCGGUGAACCGGGGGUGUGGGCUGCCAGGUUUUCCUGCUCGUCCACCAGCGCCGAGCACUUGCCGUGUCUGUCAUAGGAUGGUGACUUUGGCCCCAGCAAAAUCCGUGAUGGCUGUGAUGAUGCUCUGUGAACAGUUGGAAAGGGCAGCAGUUUUCCACGUGGUGGAAAACCAGCUGGGAAGUGAAUCGCUUCCAUGGGGGUGGGGGGUGGGGUCACUCACUCUGAAGUCGCCACUUCAGCCAAUCGCGUGCAUGCUUCACGACACACACGGAGCAAACCGGUCGCUUUAGCACUUCUCCUCCGAUAUCACGGUUCCAAUGAUGCUUUCCCGCGAAGUGAAAUUACUGGGUUGAAAGUGUGUCUGGUAGUGUUGUGCUGGCUAGGUAUUUGUUUCCUGAGACCAACAAGAUCGUUCUUACUUUUGCCCCAGAACAUUUAUUUUGCGUUUGCAUGGUCACUGAUGAUAAUUGCCAGCAUGUCUCUUUUUGCCUCUCUCCAUUCAUUACCUGUUACCAUGCCGUAAGGUGCACAUUCCAUUUACUGUAAAAACUGAUGCUCCAGUUUGUCAGAGGUCCCCGUGGAUGACACACCUCCUAAACCCGGUCUUUUUCUCCCAUAGAAUUUAGAGAUUCUGUACCCUUUUGACUGGUUGACACUGCAAAAUUGUACAGAAUCGCUUCCUUUAAAAAAAAAAAAAAAAGUCGUGCUGUUAUUUUCCAGUGGACAAGUCACAGACCAGGAGAAAGUAUUUACAAAUCAGGUAUGAGACAGUCUCUACCCAGAAGGCAUAGAACUCUCCAACUUAACACACAGCCUGAUGAAAACAUGGCCAAAAGACUUAAGUAGACACUUGGCCAAAGAGGAUCUAUGCAUGGCAAGCACACCCAUGAAAAGCUGCUCCACCACCAGUGGCUUGGUUAUACCGCACUUGGACUUAUCUGAGCGUUGUGAAGCCGGUGUAUUUCCUUGCCAGGCUCGCCUGAUUCGAUGCAAGAGUAAUGGUGGGAGAACCCCUAGGAUGAGGUCGUGUUGAAGCGAUGUUUAGACCUGGGUUCGAUCUGAGGGAUCACGCGAUGCCUCGUUUUCUUUUACUUCCCCAAAAGAACUUUUCCAGCAGGUGAGGAGAUGUCGUUUUGUCAGUGGCCGCCACCUUAGGAAACACAUGCACACAAAUGUCUUAAAGAAUGUUAGUUUGUGCUUUGGGGGGAGCAGCUGGACUCCCGAGUGCUGCACUGACACCUGUGCACCCCUAGAGGGCGCCAAACUGGUGAGCUUCAGCAGUGCUGGCUGAAACCCUCCCUUGGCAGCCCACCCAUGCCAAAGAGGGGAAUGCCUUUUCACCAGUUUUUAUUCCUCAUCAGUUCAGCUAUUUCUGACUUGAAAAAACCCUCCUCUGCCAAUGAGAUGUCCUCCUCCUUCCCACGUGGUGUGGUCGCUUGCUGUGAAAAGUGGUCACGUCCAAAGGUAAAGCUGGCUGCCCUUCUUCCUUGCUUGGGAAGACAGCCACGUGAUGGUGGUGCAGUUGUUUUUCAUGUACACAAAGCUUUUAUCUGUGACUCUUACCCCUCAAUUACAGUAUUGUGGUCAUUUUGAUGAUAUGUCUGUAAAAUGUGAAAAUAGAAUUUAUGUGUCUGUAUCCCGCCUUUUGGUGUCUUGUCUUUUGAGAACUUUUCCUACAGAGCAAUACUUAGUGCCCUGUUAUCCUUUUCAGCAAAGCACAUAAUGGUUCUGUCCGUUCCCCUGUUGGCCUCUUACAUGCCUGCGUAGCGGGGACCCAAAGAUUGCAGUCAGUCAAUGUACAUAUCUUUGUAUAUAGUAAUUCUAUUGCAUAUAAAAAGAAUCUGGUGCUACGUCUUGCCCUUGGCCUUCCUGGGUGAAGGCUGACGGCUCAGCCUCGGUCAUAGCUCAGCUGUGGAAUGCUCUGUACAGCGAGAUUUCAGUCAAGGGCAUUGCCUAUGGCUUUUAUCUUGCAGUUCACCGAGGAAAAUGUGUACAGAUUUCAUGGUCAGCACCUACCACUUACCUCUCAAUAGAUGAUCCUGCCCGACUUUAACAAAAUAAAUGGUGUCUUUCAAAGAA